AGAAGCUUCGACAGUGUAAUCAUCAGUUUUAUCUCGUAAGUUGACUAGUCCAGUCGUGAAUACAGUGCCUUGUACUAAGGAACACAGUUUAUUUUCGGAAGAAUGCUGAAGAAUAUCAUCAUCCUUGCAACUGUUGUUGCCGCAACAGUAGCCCUUCCAACGACGCAACCUCCAGCUCAAACAGCACAGAAGCGUAGUGAUGAUUUGGACAAUGCAGCAACUUCGUAUACCCUUGCUGGAACGCCUGGAAGUCGAUAUGGACGAUACCUGUCAUAUGAUGGAUACAAUGGUGGUUAUGGAGGCUAUGCCGGUUCAACUGGUGGAUAUCCUGUAGUGGCGAACGGUGGAUAUUCCGGAUACAAUGGUUACAACAGAGGAUACACCAAUGGCUACAGUGGAGGCCUUGCCAGCGGAUACACCACCAUUCCCGGAGGAUAUUUCGAUGGAGCCAGUGGAUACGCUGACGUAGUGCCUUCGGGCUAUUCUGGUGGAUAUCCUUCUGCAGGUUACACCGGAGGAUAUACUGGAGCAUAUAAUGGCGGGUAUACUGGAUACAAUACCGGAUACGGUACUGGAUACACUCAAAACUACCGGUAUCCUUAUGCAGCACCAGCCAACGCCUACAGUGGAUACAAUGCAGGCUACAGUAAUUACUCUCCCUAUUACUACAGCACGUAGACAAACAAGUAAC